AUGACUGGAGCCAACAACUCCCUGUACCUUACACCCAACGUCACCAGUCGCGAAGGUCUCGUCGAGAUCAAAAUCGGCCUCUUGCUGCCAUACUCCCUCCCUAACAACCUCACACAGCAAUUGACCUACAGUGGAACGACUGCUAUCCGGUUAGCAGCUAGCGAGAUCAAUGAGAACCGUCUUAUCCCCGGUGCCUACAUCACGUUGGUCCUGAAAGACUCUUUCAACGGUGCCGACCCUGAGAACUCUGGAGCAGCUCAGGCCAUCUUCUCAACUGUCUCUCUCUUGCAAACUGAAGGAGGCGUCUCUGGUGUCAUUGGAGAUGUGAGCAGUGCACUCACCGUUCAGUCGGCCCUAUUGACCAGUCGUCUCGGCAUCCCACAAUGCUCCUACUCUGCUGGAUCAACACAACUGUCAAGCAAAGAUGAUUACGGUUACUUCUUCAGGACUAUCCCUACUGAGCUCAUGUUUGGACGGGUGAUGAUGGAGUUUGUCGCCAGUCGAGGAUGGAAAAAGGUGGCGGUGUUUUACACUGGAGACGAGCUAGGAUCCCAGAUGAUGGAUAGCAUAGCAUUGCAGGCAAGGAAGAGGAAUAUUACGAUUGGGCACCGCAAGGCCUUCUGGGAGAUGGAGUCCGGCUCGGACAUUGGCCCUGGUUUGGAUGCAUUAAAAGCAUCUGGUCAACAAAUUGUCCUUGUUGCUGCCGUCGGUGAACCCCAGAUCCGUCUUAUGACAGAAGCAGUAAAGAGGGGUCUUAUCUCAAAGAACUAUGUUUGGCUGACAAUCAAUCAAGUCACCGAACCACUUCUGGGCUCUGCAGGAUCGACUCUCAAGCCAUCAGAUCUGAAUGGCCUCUUCAUGUUUGACAACAUGCUUCGACUACAUGGCUAUCCACCCUACGAAGAGUUUCUGGACAAGUGGGCAGCACUCAACCCGGAAGAGUACCCGUACUCGGGCAAGCGAGAGAUCUCUAGCAACGAGGCGCAAGCGUACUCCUGCAUGAUGGUGAUGGCACAUGGAUUUGCCAAUGCUGUCAAGGGCAAUUGGACCGCCCUUCAUUUACUUGCAUCAGGGCGACUUGGACACAAAUUGACACCAACAGACUUGAACACCAACUACACCGGCCCAGGGGGACCUAUGGACUUUGAUGAUACGGGCGAUGUUGUCUAUGGAAAUUUCAUUCUGUACAACUUCCAGAACGGACGCGUCGCUUCAAUCGGCACCUCCUACUCGGGCGACUUCAACCUAUCUUCACCACCCAUGUACUUUGACGGAACCUAUGACACCCCCUCUGAUUCAGCACCUCUCCGCGUCCUCAAUCCCGCCUUUGGGUCCGCCAUCGGCAUCGUCAUCAUCGCCAUCGGUGGUCUAAGCAUCCUCUUCUCCCUCGUCACCAUGAUCAUCGUCAUCCUUUACCGUAACUCAAAGAUCAUUAAGGCUUCCAGCCCUUUGUUCUGUUGUCUGGAGCUCUUUGGAUUCAUCAUGCUAUACUUUUCGACGAUCAUGGGUUUGGAUAUCCCUAGCAAGUUUGUGUGCAUCGCGCGGCCCAUGACGCUCAACAUUGGGUUUGUCCUAGUAGUGAGCAAUAUUGUUGCAAAGAAUUUUCGGGUGUACAGGAUCUUUCAUAACAUCUAUGUCACCAAACGGGUCAUUCGCGACUCGCACCUCCUCAAAAUCGUCGGCACCCUCAUGUCCGUCAACCUGGCCAUUAUGACGGUGUGGUUUGUCAAAACACCUCCAAAGCUCCAACAGUACAUCAUGACCGACUCAACAACCUACUGGGACUGCAACAGCCAAUCGGGCGAGAGCACCCCCUACUUUGUCACCCUCUUCAUCUACAACGUCUCCCUCCUCCUCAUCGCCACCUACCUCGCGUACCGGAAUCGAAACGUCGCCGCAAACUACAACGAAUGUCGCGAGAUCGCCUUUGUGGUAUACAACAUCCUCCUCUCCGGUUGUAUCGCCAUGCCGACAGUCUUCUUGCCACAGGACCAGUACUUGACAAAGUUCUUCCUCUCGAAUGUGGUUCUGCUAUUUGGGACGACUGUUUCGUUGAUGUUUAUGUUUCUGCCAAAGCUGUGGAAGCUUUUUGCGCAGAUUGAGCGGAAUCUUCAGAUGGGUCGCGGGAACGAUGGUGGUGGGGCGACGGCGGAUGAGGGUAGUUUUGAUGGGUUCUUUAAGCAAGGACCUGGGGGUUGGUUGAGUGCUGCAUCUGCUACUGGGGGUGGUGGGCAUGGUGAAGGAGGGAGCUCCAUUGGGGAGUACGGGCCUGGUGCUAGGAAGGACAGUGUGGGGACUGUGAACGAUUCCAAGGGGGAUACGUUGAAGGAGAGUCAUAUCGGGUACAUGGGUAUCAAGUUCCAGAACCGGUAUAUGCCCUUCUUGGCCAGUUGGUGUAUGCGACGUGUUAUUCUUUACCCUACCGACAAGUAUUUUACCGCCUUUGAAGCCGGCAAGCCAGAAACAGCAAAGACAUUCUCAUAUAUCGCAGUCCAGAUCCUAAGCCGAGAACCUGGAAACUACAUCCUCCGAGUCGUCGGUACUGGCCGCCACAUUUUCCUCCUCCAAGUCAAGGACGAGGACCGCCUCCUACACUGGCACAGUCUCUUUGAGAACAAAGAAGGCAACACUUUUACCACAGGAUCCAACCACUCCCUGUUCACAGCCAGCGGCGUACCUAUGAUGUUGGCCCAGAGCCGGAACGAGAGCGAUCAGACCCUACAGGCGACCUUGCGUGGGUUCCAAUCGACUGCCAGUAGUAAUGGUGGCAAGUGGGGCAACGGUCGGGGAGCGAAGAAGGUUAGCAUGGAUGAGAGUGAUGGUGAAUCUGGCGAAACUAGUGGUGGGGGAUACUUUUCAGGGAUCCAUUCGACGGCGCACCUGCACGAGCCUCCUAGUCAUCUCCAUCCAUCGCAUCGACAUAGCGCGAGUGCCUAUACUGCGGCUACUUUCAUGGCGAGUCCGCGAGGGAGUCAAGAUGAGGAUGACAUUGGGAAUGUGGUUGGUGGGCGGCCUCGGACGAUGGUUGAGACAUCGUCGUCGUUUAGGCAGAUGACGUUUGGGCCUCUUGAUCGGCGCCUUGACCCCUAG